UGUAACAUCAAAAACCCUAAACAAGGUUGUCUUUCUCCCAACAUCCCUUAACCUGCUAAAGGCCGCUGCUUAGACCUUCCAAGGGAUUUUGGUCUUUCAAUCUUCUUCUCCCGAAACCCUAAACCUGCUUGCGCUUUCCAACAAAAUUUUGGACCUCAGCGUGAAAACGAGACAAAAAUGGUGAAGAAGAGUAAAAAGAGCAAGAGCAAGAGAGUUUCACUGAAGCAAAAGUACAAGGUGAUAAGAAAAGUAAAAGAGCACCAUAGGAAGAAAGCUAAGGAAGCCAAGAAGUUGGGAUUGAACCGUAAGCGGAAGGUUGAGAAAGACCCUGGUAUCCCCAAUGAUUGGCCUUUCAAAGAACAAGAGCUCAAGGCUCUCGAAGCUCGUCGGGCUCGGGCUCUUGAGGAACUGGAGCAAAAAAAAGCUGCCCGCAAGGAGAGGGCAAAAAAGAGGAAGAUGGGUAUACUGGAGGAUGAUGAAAAAGAACAAAUUAUUGAAGAGGGAAAGGGCACUGAUGAUUCUACUGGAAUUGUGAAAGCCCGGGAUAACUCAGAUAGAGCUUUCUACAAGGAGUUAGUUAGAGUCAUUGAAGCAUCAGAUGUUGUUCUGGAAGUCCUUGAUGCUAGAGAUCCUCUUGGUACCCGUUGUGUUGAUAUGGAAAAGAUGGUGAUGAAAUCAGGCCCUGAUAAGCACCUAGUAUUGCUUUUAAACAAAAUUGAUCUUGUUCCUCGAGAAGCUGUUGAAAAGUGGCUCAAAUAUCUUAGGGAAGAGUUACCAGCAGUUGCCUUCAAGUGCAGCACUCAAGAGCAGAGAUCAAACUUAGGGUGGAAAUCUUCUACAAAGGCAGCAAAGCCUAGUAAUCUUUUGCAAACAAGUGACUGUCUUGGAGCAGAAACUCUUAUUAAAUUGCUGAAAAAUUACUCAAGAAGUCACGAGAUAAAAAAGUCUAUAACCGUUGGUGUUAUUGGCCUGCCUAAUGUUGGCAAGAGUAGCCUAAUUAACAGCUUGAAAAGAUGCCAUGUUGUAAACGUUGGAGCAACUCCAGGGUUGACAAGAUCAAUGCAAGAAGUGCAAUUGGACAAGAAUGUAAAAUUAUUGGACUGUCCUGGUGUUGUUAUGCUUCGAUCUGGAGGGAAUGAUGCGUCAAUAGCUCUUCGAAACUGCAAAAGAAUUGAGAAGUUGGAUGAUCCAGUUGGUCCAGUGAAAGAGAUUCUCAAGCUUUGUCCAGAAAGACUGUUGGUGACAAUAUACAAGAUCCCAGGCUUUCAUUCAGUUGACGAAUUCCUUCAGAAUGUGGCCACUGUAAGGGGUAAGCUCAAAAAGGGUGGUAUUGUGGAUGUUGAAGCUGCUGCAAGGAUCAUUCUGCAUGACUGGAAUGAAGGUAAAAUUCCAUAUUAUACCAUGCCCCCCGCAAGAAAUCAAGGAGAGCCUUCAGAGGCAAGGAUUGUCGCAGAACUUGGAAAAGAGUUUAAUGUUGAUGAUGUUUACACCACAGAAUCUUCAUUCAUUGGAAGUCUCAAGUCAGCUGAUGAUUUCCAUUCCGUUGAAGUUCCUCCAAGCCACACCCCCAACUUUGAUGAGACCAUGCUAGAGGAUAAUGCCCAACCCUUGCCAUCAACUCAAGGUGAUGAAAGCCGAAAAGAUAUAUCUGAUGAGGGCAAUGACGAGCCCAUGGCUUCUGAAGAAGAUGAUGCUGAAAAAGCCAAGUCAAAAUCUGCUACAAGCAGGCAAAAUGAGAAGCUAUAUGCAGCCGAAGGUAUACUUAACACAAAGAUGAAAAGAGCCGAGAAUAAGAGAAGGAAAAAAGCCAAAAAUAAAUUGAACUCAGUGGACGGUGCUAUGGAUGAUGAUGACUAUGACUUUGGUGUGGAUUAUGUGAAGGGUCAGGGUCAAACUACUGGUGGGUUGCCAAUGUCAGGCAUUGAAUUUGAUGAGUGAUGAGAAUUAACCAUAACUUAAAAAAUGUCAUGUUGGUAAUUCUUUUCUCUAUAUUUUGGUGAGAAUGUCAGGAUAAGAGAAAUGUUGUUUAAUUAUAAUUUUUCUUUUAAUGCUGUCACU